AUGCUUGUAUAUUCACAAUCUUCGGGGCUCCCAUUUCGGAGGAUAUGUAUGACUGGUGUCAGAACUGCGGUGUCGGUUGCAUCACAGACAAAACGGAGACGUUCCACAACAUUCACCGAUGCGUUGAACAAAGGACCAUCAUUUGAAGACUUCGUGAGUGGGAAGGCCGCUCAGAUAACCAUAGAUCCACUCGAACAGGCGAGGAGAAAUGUGGACGAAGCUAAGAAACUCCCUCGUUGGCUGAAAGUGCCUAUCCCAAAGGGAUCAAGCUUCAGCAAGCUGAAAAAAGACGUAAGAGAACUCAAACUCAGCACUGUGUGUGAGGAAGCCAAAUGCCCGAAUAUCAGUGAGUGCUGGGGAGGUCAUGAUAAAUCGAAGGCCACGGCGACAAUUAUGCUGCUAGGUGACACAUGUACGCGUGGUUGUCGAUUCUGCUCUGUUAAAACCAAUAGAAAUCCUUCCAAACCGGAUCCCAUGGAGCCUGAAAAUACAGCUGAGGCCAUUUCACGAUGGGGCCUUGGUUACGUUGUUCUGACGACAGUAGACAGAGACGAUCUCCCAGAUGGUGGUGCUCAUCACCUAGCAGAAACUGUUCAAAAGAUCAAACAAAAAGCUCCGCACAUACUGGUGGAAACACUCUCAGGUGACUUUAGAGGUGACCUUGAUAUGGUUAAGGUUAUGGCCGAAAGUGGCCUGGACGUGUAUGCCCAUAAUUUAGAAACAGUAGAGGCCCUGACUCCUCAUGUAAGAGACAGACGCGCGACAUACAGGCAAUCUCUACGCGUGCUAGACCAGGCCAAGAAGGCUGUGCCCACUUUAAUCACAAAAACUUCAUUGAUGUUAGGACUCGGUGAAACCGAUGAACAAGUGAUGAACACACUAAAAGACUUGCGGAGUAUUCAGUGUGAUGUCGUAACUUUCGGCCAAUAUAUGAGGCCAACUAAACGUCACAUGAAAGUCGUUGAGUAUGUGAAGCCUGAGAAGUUUGAUUAUUGGAAACAAAAAGCAUUGGAACUUGGCUUUUUGUAUUGUGCGUCCGGGCCUUUGGUUCGCUCAUCUUAUAAAGCAGGAGAAGCAUUUAUUGAGAAUGUUCUAAAGGGACGCAAUGCAUCGAAAUGA